UUAUUUUACCCUGUGGUGUAUGGCGGAGGGCAGAGCCACCACCGGCCGGCCACCGCCCUCUCUGUCACUGACAUCUCCAUGUGCCACGAUCACUGCAUGUGGCUCCACCUCCAUUUCCUACUCACUCUUCCUCUCCGUCAUAAAACCUCGCCUCUCCAACUCCAAUCUCUCCAUAUAUAAAAGCUAAACCUGCUCCAUCUAGGCUACUAAUACAGCUUCGCUGCAUAGCUCGGCCAUUUCAUCCAUUUCUCUGCCUCAUCAAAACAUCAUCAUCCUAGGCACAAGCACAAACUUGGUGAGAAGAAGAAGCAUGAGCAAUGGCAGCUCCCCCACAUCCUCCCCUUCGGUCUGCUCGAGGUCCAUAAGUGAGGAUUCUUUGAGGAGGUACGUGAGCUACGCUAGCGAGAGCUGCAUCCAGGAGCUGCUGGCGGCGUCGGACUCCGGCGGCGCCGGGCGGGGCGGGGAAGGAAGUGGAGGAGGCGGCGAGGAGGACGACGGGUGGCAGACGCUGGCGUACUGCAACGGCGUGGAGAUAGCGAAGCGGCGGUCGGGCACGGGGCAGAUGUUCCGGAGCCGGUGGCUGCUCUACGCCGUCUCGCCGGAGCAGUUCAUGGCCGUCGCGAACGCCGUCGACGCCGCAAAGCAGUGGGAAUCUGACCUCGUCGACGCGACGUACAUCAAGGAGCUGGGCGACGACCUGAGCAUCAUCCACCUCAAGUUCGGCGACACCUCCAAGCGGCCGGGCGGCCUCUUCCGCCGCCGAGACCUCGUGGUGUACGAGCGGCGCCAGACCAUGGACGACGGCACGCUCGUGGUGGCCGUGGCGUCGCUGCCCAAGGAGAUCGCGGCGGGCCUUCUGCCACGGGACUCCAAGGGCCGGAGCUCCGUCGGCCGGGGCCUGCUCCUGCAGUCGGGGUGGGUCGUCGAGAAGCUCCUUGACGACGACGGCGUCGAGUCGUGCAUCGUGACCUACGUGGUGCAGCUUGACCCGACGGCGGGGUGGCUGCCCCGGUGCAUCGUCAGCCGGCUCGACAACAAGCUGGUCACCAUCAUCGCCAAGCUCAAGAAGCUGGCGCAGACCACCACGUGCCCGUCGGCGGCACCAGCCGCCCGUAGUUGCAACUCCGAGGAGGUGUGAUCCAGGAGAAUUAGGCAUCUGAAUUCUCUCGUGACGAAUACCAGAAAUGUCACCAUUAGGCGUAAAUACGGUUUUGUGGGAAAUGGUGUCUCGUAACUUGAGAGUUGCCUGCAUCCGUACUAGUAUUUGGUCGAGCGAGAAUGUGUGUAUACCUACUUUGGCUUUUGCAAUCGACUGCACAUAUGCAUGCUUCUAAGUGCUCAAAAAUAGCUGCAGUGUACUAAAGUAUAAACAAGAAGGUAGCUACAAUUUUGCCA